GAGUGAAAGGGCUAAGAAAGUGAUGAAGGCUUGGUGUAGAGGGUUUUUUAAAAAAGAAGGCUCGAGAGUUGGUUGAUUGUUUUAAAGAGUGGCACACCAAAGAUUUACGCAAACAAGCAGACAAAAUGCUCUGCCACGUUACUCGUCCGGAUUCGGUGGUGAUGGAAGUGGAAGUUGAUGCGAAGGCGAACGGUGAAGACUGUCUCAACAAGGUUUGCAGAAAGUUGGGUAUAAUCGAAGUGGACUACUUUGGGCUGCAGUUCACAGGCAGCAAAGGAGAAAACCUGUGGCUGAAUCUGAGGAACCGCAUCAGCCAGCAGAUGGAUAAUUUGACGCCCUGUCGGCUGAGGCUGCGGGUCAAGUUCUUUGUGGAGCCCCAUCUGAUUCUGCAGGAGCAGACGCGACACAUCUUCUUUACGCACGUGAAGGAGGACCUCCAUAACGGUCACCUGCGUAUGGCCUCGGAACAGGCAGAGGAGCUAAGCGCACUCCUGGCACAGGCCGAGUUUGGCGACUACAACCAAAAUACAGCCCAGUACUGGUAUUCAGAGCUGUGUGGAGAAGAGCCCAGCCCUGCCACCAUUGACAGUAUAAUUUCCAGACACAAAGCUCUAGAAGGUAUGAGCCAGGGCUCAGUGGAGUAUCAGGCCCUGCAGCUGGUCUCCUCUCUGGAGCAUUACGGCGUGGAGUGGCACUGGGCUCGUGACGCAGAUGGUCAGAGGAUGGCAAUAGGAGUCGGUCCUGAAGGUAUCGCUGUUUGCAAGGAGGAUUUCAGCUUGGUCAACAGGAUAAGUUAUCCGAUCAUCCAGAUCGCCACCCAGUCGGGGAAAAGUGUCUACCUGACAGUUACCAAGGACACAAAUGACAGCGUGGUGCUUUUGUUUAAGCUGAUCAGUAACCGGGCAGCCAGUGGUCUGUACCGGGCCAUCACGGAGACCCAUGCUUUCUACAGGUGUGACACCGUUACCAAUGCAGUGAUGAUGCAGUACAGCAGAGACUUCAAGGGCCACCUAGCUUCACUCUUCCUCAAUGAAAACAUUAACCUGGGCAAAAAGUACGUGUUUGACAUCCGACGUACCGCCAAGGAAGUGUACGACCAUGCUCGUCGAGCCCUCUAUAACUCUGGCGUGGUGGACCUGAUGUCCCGCUCUGAAAGCAGAGAUCGCUACUCUCCUUCACGCUCCCCAAGCAGGGACAGCCAGCAGGACAAGGGGCUGGACUGUGGCAGCUGCCAGCAAAGCCGAGCCCUGCAGGAGCGUCUGCAGAAGCUCAGAGAGGCUCUGCUGUGCAUGCUCUGCUGCGAGGAGGAGAUAGAUGCUGCAUUCUGCCCCUGCGGCCAUAUGGUGUGCUGCCAGACCUGCGCGAAUCAGCUUCAGUUGUGUCCCGUGUGUCGGUCGGAGGUGGAACACGUGCAGCGCGUCUACCUGCCCACUUGCACAAGCCUCCUAAACCUGACGCUGACCGACAAUCACCAGCACCGCAGUAACAUUCCCGCGCCCAUCCACAGAGACACAUGCUCCACCACAGAGUAUGAACACAAGCUCUACCACACAUAAGGACAACACCACCAAGAACUCCACUGUGAAUACUUUGAAGUUAUACCAGACAGAUUUAAUAAAAGGAGCAUUUCCUUAUCCAACUUUUUUUUUUUUUUUUUUUUUUUUUUCUCCCCCUGCCUGGACUUCAAAAAUGACCAAAAAUAGAAACUCCUGAGCAUAUUUAAAGAUCAACACACUCAAUCUACACACUCGGAUUCUUUGUGUUUUUCUGUUCAGUUUGUCAGACUGGUUCUUCAGUAUUUGUUUUUUUCCCCUUUUGCUCUUUGUGUCAUUCUGUCCGAAUCUUGUCUCUUUUUUUAAUUUUUUUUUUUUUAUAUAUAUAUCUUGUCUUUCAGAUAUCAUUAUGUGCUGCCAGAGUAUAAUUUUUAGAUUAGGCUUUUAUUGUGAAUUAAAUUAUUGCAUCAGUUGACCUGAUACAUAAUUAUUAUUCUUUUGAAUUUGUAUUUUGGUUGUACGCUUCAUGAGUUGCUCCACAUCAGGCUCCUAGCCCAAGAAACUGCAUUUUUAGAAUGGCUUAAAUGUAUUUAACUGAGGUUUUUUUUUUUUUUUUUUUUAAUAAUUAUUAUUUUGAAGCUUUCUGACAUUUUUAAAACUUUGUUCUUUUGAUUUGAGAAUUUAAUUUUUAUGUAAUGGCUGGAAAUGCAGUGUUUUUUUGUUUUGUUUUUUUUUUUUUUUAAAUAUAUUUUGUCAUUUUUUUUUUCUAUGCCAAUGAGGAGGUAUUUAGAGGUUCCACGGCAUAUUGCUCAUGAAUAUAGCACUGCAUGCCUCGCACAAAAUGCUGUAAGUCUAGCCCAACAGAACUGAAUCUUGCAGACACUCCACUCAGCUUCUUUCAUUGACUGCUCCAUCUUUCCAGGUUUAUUUCUAUCUCAACAGAGGUAGAAGUUAAGAACACUAAAGAGGCUCUUGGCAGACGCAGACCAACAGUUAUCUCCAAAAGAAUUUGUUGAGCAGCAGCUGCUUCCUCUGAAAACCUCACCUGUAAACUUCCUCUCUCAGAUGUGCUAGUGAGUUUUGAUAUUUUAGGGUACUAGGGCAUCUGUAUGUGCAAUACUUGCUUGCCAAGCUUUUCAUUUUCAGAUUUAUUUAAUUUCAAAGAAUAUAUUUAAAAAAAAAA